AUGGCGAAGACUGCUCUCCUGUUCCUGCUCGUUGCCCUUGUGGCGCUCUCCUUCACCCCCCAAGUCGCCGCGUUCGGUGCCGGCAACAUCCCUUCAUUCUCAUACCUCGAAGACAAGGCUUUCCGUCACGGUGACAUUGAGGAUGUCAUUGCCAACCUUUUCAAAGCAGCUGGAGGUGGCCUUCUCUCCAGAGGUACCAAGUUUACCCCCCUCGACGUAAAAAGGGUGUACUUUGGCAACUGGCUCAGAGACUACAGCCAGGCUGUCGAUGUUGGAGCCCUCAAAAAGACCAACCUCCAGACCAUCCUCAACAUUGUCAUGGUGCUCGGCUUUAUGGCCCACGGCUACGCUACUGGCGAAUUUGAAGUCACCAAAGAGGCCCUUGGCUGCUACCUUACCACUGAGCACAUCGACAACCCUAAAGGCUAUGCCGAUGGCGAAGACGCCAGGCAAUAUGACGACCGACUCCGAGGACCGGUUGAUGAUAUUGAGCUUGCCAUCGAUCCUCAGACUGGUAUGAAGAACUACAUUGCCAACGAGAAUGGUCAUUGGGAUACUUCCAAGGCUCUUGUCAGGCAAAGACUCCAAGAGUGUAUCCACUACGGUCGUCUGUAUAGGGCAAACGGCAACAAAGCCGACAUCUACCAGGCCUUCCAGCUUCUUGGUCGUGCCUUGCACACCCUUGAGGACUUUACUGCUCACUCCAACUUUUGUGAACUGGCCCUCAUCCACUUUGGCCACCAGGAUGUCUUCCCUCAUGUCGGCCAAAACACCAAGGUCCGUGCUCCCAACGGCCGAGAUGUCUACCCCCUCGUCACUGGUACAUUUGGUGGUGCCGACUUUAUUCAUUCUUUGAUGGGUGAAGCCACGGACCACCUCAGUCAAUCUUCCGUCUCAGACCUUUCCAAGCAGAUGACCAACGCGAGGUCCAUCUCGGAAGGCCAGACCAAUUCUGCGGAUACUCUUCGUCAGCUGUUCUUCAGCCUUCCACGGGGCAAUGGCGACAGUAUGACCAGAGACCUGGAUGGUAUUCAAAACAUGCGUGCGGGACAACCGGGAGGUGUUGACCCCAGCAACAUGAGUCCCCAGGAGUUGCACAACGUCAUCUGGCAGAUCUUGAGUUUCAGGGACAGUGUCAUGAAGAAGAUCGAGAACACCAUCGACCGAAUUCCUGGUCUCGCUGGCAUUGUGGAAAAGAUCUCCAACUCCGUCUCCGUCUUCAUCAUCACCACCCUUGAGCCCUUUGUCAAGCCCCUCCUCGGCACAGCAACCCAGGCUCUCGGUGAGUCCUCUCAAUCCAUCAUCGACUCGCACGACCAGUACGAAGUCUGGACCAACCCCAACGCCUCGGACCCCACCCACUCUUACCUUUCCAAGGACCACUUUGCUUUGAUUCUCAACCAGCCUGCUGGUGAAAUUGCAAAGAUCGUGGUGGAACACACUGUCAACCUUGUCGUGAAGGCUUGGGAUGACACCAGUAUGAACACCAACCAGGUCACCGAGAGCGCGCUCGAAGCUUUCCAUCACCCUGCUUUUGCUACUGGAAACUCCGAGAUCCAGCGAAAGAUGAUUGACAAGAUGCGCGAGUGGUUCGAGAGCACUGGCAACGACAAGAACGAAAUUCUUCGUCGUCUUUCCUCUGCCAACGUCAAGGAAGGCAAGAACAAGCGAAUCGGAGACACCUCCACCGACACUGGUCAUGUCCACAACCAGCUUUUGCCCGAGGGCGGUCUGCAGCAGGUCAUCGCUCAGCAGAACAUCCAUGUGCCCGGCGCGCAGUACCUGAAUGACGCGCAGGAUUUGGCAUCGGGAAAGAUGCCUUGGCAGCAAGGUUUCGGAAGCGGUGGACAGAACACCUGGCGAGAUACCGCGGGCAACUCUGGAAACGCCGCUACUGCUGGAGUCGCCACCGCUGCCGUUGUCGGCGGUGCCACCUCUGCUUACCACCAGACCUCUACCAACAACUAUGGCGGCGCUGACUCUUCCUACGGCAAUGCCGCUCCCCAACAAACCUACCAGUCCCACCAAUCUCACCAUCAGCAACCAUCAUACGGUGCUCAGCCAUCUUAUCAAUCUCCCACGCAGCAGAACUUUGGUUCCCAACCUGCUUACGGUGGUGGUGGGAAUGAAGGAUACCCUGGGCAACACCACGGACACUACAACUCCGGCUCUUACGGCGGUGGCGGUGGCUUCGGCGGGCCUCCUCCCCAGCAGUACGGUGCACCUGGAGGGUUCCAAGGGGGUGGGUUCCAAGGUGGGCCUCCUCAGCAUGGGCAGGGUGGAUUUGGUGGGCCUCCCCAGUAUGGUCAGCAGCAGGGAGGGUUUGGAGGUCAGCCCCAGCAGCAGUGGGGGCAGUACCCUGGUCACCAGGGUCCUCCUGGAGGUUAUUAG